AUGGUAAAUAAGCUGCUUGAUGGGGUUCAGCGAUUGGUGAGCGUGAUAAUUCUUACCUCGUUUAUGACAGGGUUAUUCAUAUUGUCAUUAUGGAACAACUAUGUAACGGUCCAUUUUCAACACAAGAAUGACCCAAGGGAUACCAGAAGUUCCAGAACCAAGAUUCAUCCAAGCGACAAGAAGAAGAAACGGCCAGCACGUCAUUCUCGGCCUCUGUCAAUAUCUUCUGCCACACCUUUAGAUUUGGAACAGGACCAAGAAAACAACAUCGAAUAUGAUCGUACCGUGUCGAGCAAGCUCUCCACGACCAGCAACGCCUCCCUAUCCGGGGAAGGUGAUGCUAGUAAUAGUAUUAAACUGGAAACAAAUGUGAGUCAGGCUCCAUAUGCUGCUGAGAAUCCAUUUCAAAAUAUCGCACUUGCCGAGGAUACUAGACUGGUACCUGAUCUGAAGUACUAUUAUAAGGAAUACGGUAUUGAUAUCGAAGAAUUUGAAGUAGAGACGGACGAUGGGUUCAUCAUUGAUUUAUGGCAUUUCAAGCCGAGAUUGAAUGAUCAUGCAGAAGAGGCAAAGCGCGAACCCAUUUUGUUGUUGCAUGGUCUUUUACAAAGCUGUGGGGCAUUUGCAUCUUCAGGUAGAAAAUCUUUAGCGUAUUUUCUUUAUGAAUCCGGGUUUGACAUUUGGUUGGGUAAUAACAGAUGUGGGUUACAUGCUAAGUGGAACAUGAAAAAGUUAGGUAAUGAUCAUUCCAAAAAAUGGGACUGGGAUAUGGAUCAGAUGGUUCAGUACGAUUUAAAGGCACUUGUAACUCACGUACUGGAUAGUACUGGGUAUGCUAAAUUAUCGCUUGUGGCACAUUCGCAAGGUACAACACAAGGAUUCAUGGGGCUUGUUAAUGGUGAAAAACUAUACGCAAGCGAUUUUAAAUUAGUGGAUAAGCUAGAAAAUUUCGUCGCUUUGGCACCAGCAGUUUACCCUGGACCUUUACUAGAUGAAAAAGCAUUUGUGAGGCUAAUGGCGAAUGGUAUUGAUUCCCCAUGGUACUUCGGUAGAAGAUCAUUUAUACCUUUGAUGAUGACCAUGAGAAAGUUGAUGGUUGGCACCAAGGUUUUUUCUUUCCUUUCCUACAUCAUGUUCAACUACUUAUUUGAUUGGAAUGAUGUUUUAUGGGAUAGAAUCUUGAGAGACCGAAACUUUUUAUUUUCACCAGUUCACAUUUCAGUCAAACUAAUGCAAUGGUGGCUGUCGCCUCUUCCCAACAAGUUAAGUUUUAAGAAAGGUGCAGGCAAAAUUUUUCCCGAUAAGAAGACUUGGUUUCCUAUUGCCAAGAAUGAUGACGAUAGUGGUACUAAUUUGAACAACAACAGCUUGCACUUAAAUUCGAAAAGACAAAACAGUGAGGAUUUUCCACACAUCAUAAUGUUUAUUCCGAAGCAAGACAGGCUGGUGGACGGCGAGCGAUUGAUUAAUCAUUUUAUAAAUCAUGAAGCUAAUGCAGUGUACAAACUUUGGUAUAUCGAGGAGUAUUCGCAUCUGGACGUUUUAUGGGCGCAUGACGUCAUUGAUAGAAUUGGCAAACCAAUGAUAGAGAAUAUGAGGUUUCCUAGUGCAAAGUAA